AUGUCUCUCAAGGACGAAUGCGAACACCACGGCAGCUCUGACGUGCGCAUUUCAGACGCCUUUCCUUCCUCCGUGGCUUUUGAUGCCAUCAACGAGUCCCUCGCAUCCAAUGACGCCGAUCGAAAAGACGCCGUCAAGCAAGGGAAGGCCAUCUUCGCCUUCAAACUGACCAACAGCAGCGGCAAGGAAGAGGCAUGGUAUAUUGAUCUCAAAGACACUGGAAAAGUUGGCAAGGGCGAGGCCCCUGAAGGGAAAAAGGCCGAUGGUCAGUUUCACGACAUCCCAUGGGAAGAAGAGACGGCAGAAUGGACUAAACGCGCAAUAGUGACACUCCUCCUAUCCGACGAAAACUUUGGCAAAUUGAUCGCCGGAAAGACAAAAGCGCAGACUUUAUUUAUGAGCGGCAAGCUGAAGGCAAGACAAGUCGACCCUGGGCGGCGAGAGAGAGAAGAGCUAACAAGCGCAACAGCAACGAAGAUGGAGCCCAUCCUCGCGAAAGCUGGAGGCGCUGUCAAAGCCAAACUAUAG